AUGAAGUUAUCAGUGUCGGCUUACACAGCUCAGGCCAGUGCUCAUAAGAAUCUUUGCAGCUAUCAUCAACAGCGGAGCUACGGGGCCACGAAUCAGGCGUCCACGGCCCGGACCCCCUCAGACCUCGCGACGGUCCUUCCUGCUCUCAAGGUGGAUCGGAUGGAAAAGGAGGAAAAGCAGGUAGAGGGUGGUCUGGUGCAGUCUUCCGGUGGUGCUUCUGAUUCAAGGAUGGGCCCCGGACCUGAUUCCGGCAGUAGCGCUCCCUCUUCGGUUCCCCAGUCGCUGAUUACCUCGAGGGACGAUGAAGAUGAUGAGGAUGAGGAGAGUAGUGAUAAGCGGUCUAAUUACCAUCGAGGAUCAAGGUCAUCGGAGAUCUGCUGUCAUCGACGCGCAAUCUCGAGCCAUCGACAAGCGAGGAGAUCGGCCGGUGUUGGCGUCGCCGGCACCUCAAUCACUUCAGAAUCACUGGAGAGCAACGCUAUCGAUACAGAGAUACCCGCAGCAGCCAACAGACCUCGUAACACGAGGGGCUCACAAAAAUGGAGUAACGUACGCGCGGUCAUGACGUUAUAUUCCUCUCUACGCAAAAUCAAGAGAUCAAAAAGCAAUCAGCGUUGGAUGAAACUGCGCACAACUGUGCAGCUGUCAUCAGCGAUGCAGAAGAAGCCUCCGUUAAAACGUGAAGACUCGUUUUUAAAAAGAUUUGCCACCCGGCCAAUUCCAGAAAGUCAGGAGACGUUGGACAUUGCCGGGGAUGGGACAGAUAAGAAUAUGGGUAGUCGACGAGGCAGACGACCUCAUAGGCAAAAACCACCGAAAACUGUUGUGAACCCAGAUGAGGAUUUCUAUUACUACUGGCUGAUGCUUGUCUCAUUCUGUGUUCUUUACAAUCUAUGGACGCUAAUCGUGCGCCAGAGUUUGCCGGAACUGCAGGCUUUGGCGCCCGGUACUUGGUUCGCCCUCGACUGUUUUACCGAUUUCACUUUUUUUUUGGAUAUAUUAGUACAAUUUCGUACCGGUUACUUGGAGCAAGGCCUCAUGGUGUACAACAGCCGCAAACUUGCCGGACAUUAUUUCAAGUCUAAAUUCUUUUUUUUGGAUUUGUUCGCAUUGUUACCUGUUGAUUUACUGCAGUUGAGUCUUGGCAGCAAUCCGAUGCUGCGGUUCUUCCGAUUUUUAAAACUUUAUCGUGUAUAUAACUACUAUUACAUGGUUGAAUCCCGUACAAUCUACCCGAACUUUUGGCGCGUUCUCAACUUAAUUCACAUAUUACUUCUUCUCGCACACUGGUUUGGAUGUUUCUAUUAUUUGCUAAGCGAAGCGGAGAGUUUCCAGGGAGAUUGGGCUUAUCCCCACCGGCCCGGAGAGUACGCCACUUUAACAAGAAAAUAUCUUGGCUCUGUGUAUUGGUCUACUUUAACUUUAACAACAAUCGGGGAUUUGCCGACACCGGAAACUAAUGCAGAAAUCACGGGUCACCCCCGGAGGCUCGCUCGUCGCGGCCGACUGUCCAGGCUUCUGCAGUUCAAGCAUAACGGAGGAUAUGUAUUCACGAUAGUCAGCUACUUGAUUGGCGUUUUCAUAUUCGCGACAAUCGUCGGGCAAGUUGGCAACGUCAUCACAAACAGGAAUGCGAACCGUCUUGAAUUUGAAAGGCUUCUGGAUGGCGCCAAGACCUACAUGAGACAUCACAAGGUGCCGGGUGGUAUGAAACGACGGGUGCUUAGAUGGUACGACUACAGCUGGUCGCGCGGCCGGAUACAGGGCGGGGGUGACAUCAAUACCGCUCUCGGUCUACUUCCGGACAAGCUCAAGACCGAGUUGGCGUUGCACGUGAACCUCACGGUGCUGAAGAAGGUCACCAUUUUCCAGGAAUGUCAACCAGAAUUUCUGCGUGAUCUCGUUCUGAAGAUGAAGGCCUACAUAUUCACCCCUGGCGAUUCAAUAUGUCGAAAGGGCGAGGUUGCUCGUGAGAUGUUCAUAAUAGCCGACGGUAUACUGGAAGUAAUCAGCGAAAAUGGUAGAAUACUCACUACAAUGAAGGCUGGGGACUUCUUCGGCGAGAUUGGUAUACUUAAUUUGGACGGAUUGAAUAAACGCACAGCCGACGUUCGUUCGGUGGGUUACUCCGAGCUGUUUAGUUUAUCGCGGGAGGACGUGCUGACGGCGAUGACGGACUAUCCGGAAGCGCAAGAAAUCCUGCAAAAUCUCGGCCGAAAGAGACUGUUGGAAGCACAGAGAGUAUUGCGGGAAUCUCUUCAAUCUGCAUCCCCCGGUCAUGAUUCGUCCGAUAACAGCACCGGUAAGAGGAUCGUCGAUAAGCUGAAGAGUGACGUGAAGGGCUUGAAGAACGUCUUGCGGAAAAGUAGGCGCAACACUCGGCCGGAAGAGAGCCUGGAGCUUCAGCCAUUGGCGCCGAAGGAGCCAACGCUGAAACGGCAGCAGAAGAUCGACGACGGCCAAGACCUGUCUUUGUCUACUCAGGAGCAGUCGGUGUCACCGCUGGGCGCCGGUCUUCCGCUGUUGUCCAGGCUCAGGCUGUUGAAAGAAAAGGAGGAGAGGGAGGAACGGCGUAAUUUGAUGGACACAUCGGCUAAUACGAGGAUACUUCAGCUAAAGACAAAAAACGAGCAGGAGACCACUCAAAUAGAGAGAGAAAUGCCCAAGGAGUCUCUACCUAAGAACACCAUUCCCGAGGAAACGAGUACGCAGUCGGACGAGCAAUCGUCCUCGGGUGGUCAGAGUGUCGCUAUGACUACUGUGACCACAACCUCGCAGGUUAAGACACGUACUGUGUGCAAGCUGAUCAAUCCCUGGACCAUGCUGAAAAAUGCAUCAUUGACUCCCAAGGGUAAUUCUUCGCAGAGAAGUUCACCGGCCAAAAAACUGCAGCAAACUAAGAUGUAUGCUUCCAUUGAUGACCUCUCGCCAGAAUAUUGCGAUCUGCCAUUCGUUAAGAAGCUCAAAAUCCUCAACGAAAGGCAGAAGCUGGCCGAACUAGAGAAAGCGGCUAGGAGCUCAUCCCUUGAUUGCGGCGAUAAUGUUGAGCCAAAAUUUGACAGCAACCUCACGAGAAGCCACUCGGAGACCUGUGCCAUCGAGUACACCAGGAAGCUAGCUAAAUAUAAUCAAGAUCGACAAGAAUCACUGACUCCAGAACAACUGUCGUCAGAGAACGAGACGCUCGAGAGACAGAACUUGAAGAGCAUUCUGAAGAAACUGUCAGCUAGCAGUAGGGCUGACAGUUCCGAGACCUCUGCGACGAGUACGCCUGAUCGCGAUGCCGCAUCCGCCGAACUGAAAAAGCUGAUGAGAGCGCCGACGAUCGAGGGUUACGCCGCGCGGCAUUCAAAGCUGUCCAAGAGUGUGACCUUCAACAAGUACACGCUGCAGAGCCCGCCGUCCGAGCAGCUCUUACAAUCGAAUUAUCCGCUGUCCAGCACCCAAGAUCAGCUGUCACUGCCGCCGCCCAAUAAAUUUAGUUUCCGUCCUGUGAGCAGUGCCGGUGAUGUCUCGAUACAAACGACAUCCUGGCCGCGGGAGGAGUGCUUAGACGAAUUGCUCUAUGGGGUCGGCGAGAUUAUCAAGGCAGGCUUGGAAGACAUACAAGUUAAGUUCACGUCGCUAGAGUUGGAAAUACGUAAACGUGACGAAAUAAUAUCGCAGCUACAGUCACACAUUCAGCAACUGGAGCGAAAGAAACUGCGGAGAGCAGAUGAUUCCGGUGGGGAUAGCACCGAGCAUGAUGCUUCCAUGGAGGAGGAUCUCGACGAUGAUCGUGAGGAUCACCCCUUCAUGCGUGAUGGCUCUGUGGAUACCGUCCUCGGGUCUAUGCGGUCUCGCGAUCGACACUCGUUCUCGUCCGUCGGUUCAAGCAGCAGGCGAUCGUGGGAGGAACAUUCGGAAAGAGAAACUAUGGAACUACAGGAGCUGCCGAACUCAAUAGUACCUCAGAAACUGUUGCGGAAGGAUGUGGCGAUCGAUCUUGAAUCGAACAGCGAUAGCAAAUCGGAUGAAGAAUUUGAUAUCCAUUUUUCCAAGAGCGAUAGCGAUGAGGAGGACGAAGAGGAAGAGUAUGAUGAUGAGGAUGAUGAUGAUAAGAUUACGCGACAGGACGGCUACAAUAAUUGGGAGGUCACUCUGCUGGCGAAGCAGCUUGAGGCAAAGCAAAGAAAUGGCGAUAAUCCCAAUCCUUAGCUUAACGAGACUCUAGAAACAUCGUGUUACCUCGGAAACACGAUAUGCUCUGACGAAUGUAAUCCGCUGGCUGAAUCCAGUGGUAGUGCAGCUUUUUGCGAACGCGAUCCUUAUCCAAACA